CUCUCGCUCGUUCUCUCGAAGUCCGUGGGAUCCCCAAUCGAUCCCCUCCGCUCCGCUCAUUCCUUGCAUCGUCUUCUCCUCACUGGAACCUGUUGACAGGAUCUGCAUCCAGCACAGCCGACUGCUCCUCCAAUGACUGUCCGCCGUGGAGAUCGUGCACCGGUUCCUAUCCGAGAGCACAUGGCCAUCGAUGUAUCCCCAGGACCGAUACGACCCAUUGCCCAAAUUUCAGCUUACUUUCCUCAUCCUGGGUUGGAAGGGGUGCUGACGACACAAGAUAAGAUAAGGGGUGAAGGAACAACUGUACCCGCAGGAACUGGGGAAGGAGAAUCUACUGAAGGAUAUGAUUCUGAUGAGAACACAUCUCUUGGGACUCUUGAAUUUGAUAUUCUCUAUGAUCCAGAAAGCUGCACCCUUGACUGCACCAUCCUACGAGCCAAGGGACUGAAGCCAAUGGAUUUUAAUGGCUUGGCUGACCCUUAUGUCAAACUACAUCUCCUUCCAGGUGCUUGUAAGGCCAACAAACUGAAGACACGCACUCAGCACAACACUCUCAAUCCUGUGUGGAACGAGGCCCUCAUCUACAAUGGGAUAACCGCAGAAGACAUUGCUCGGAAGACCCUGCGAAUCACUGUCUGCGAUGAGGAUAAGCUGACCCACAACGAGUUCAUUGGCGAGACGCGAGUGCCACUAAGACGCUUGCACCCUGGCCAAAAGAGACACUUCAACCUGUGCUUAGAACGGCAGCAACCGCUGGCAUCCCCUUCUUCCAUGACUGCCGCCCUGCGUGGAAUCUCCUGCUAUCUGAGAGAGUUGGAACCCCCAGCUGGCUGGGCCCUGGAAGAAAGGGGUCGCAUCCUGCUCGCCCUCACAUACAUCUCCGAACGUCAUGGAUUACUGGUGUCUAUUCUCCGCUGCGCCCACUUAGCUGCUAUGGAUGUAUGCGGCUACUCGGACCCUUAUGUAAAAACCUACCUGAAGCCAGAUGAAGAGAAAAAAUCAAAGCAUAAAACAACGGUUAAAAAGAAAACUCUCAACCCUGAGUUCAACGAGGACUUUUUCUAUGAGAUUGAACAGUCAGAUCUUGGUCAUAAAUCCUUGGAAAUCACCGUUUGGGAUUACGAUAUUGGGAAAUCAAAUGACUUCAUUGGUGGAGUGACCCUGGGAUUAGGGGCCAGUGGGGAGUGCCGGCAACACUGGCUCUCAUGCCUCCAGACCUCUGACUGCCGCCUGGAACAUUGGCACACUCUCACCAACGAGCUCCCAGAAUCCUCCACCUUUGGCCCUUGAAGCCCUCGUGAUCCCACAGAACUACACCCUUCUAUCUUGCCUGCCUGCCAA